AUGAGGAGUUUUCUACAUAUUUGAUGUCUAUUUAUAGUACAAACAUUAUAAAAAAGGAGAAAAGUAAUAUUUAAACGAGGUUUUUCUGGAAUUUAAUAAUAAACAUUAAUAAAUUAAAACACAUUAUAGCUUCGCAAAAUAACCAAAAUUGCUCUAGGUUUAUGAUAAGGAGCAUUCCAAUUUGUUUUAUAUCCUAUACAUAAUAACAGCGGGAAGCAGCAAAUAAAGAUAUAGAGUUCAAAUCACCGGAAAUAAGGUUGAAGAUUAUAUCUUAAGAUAUCAUAAGUUGGACAGUUUAUUUUACUUUAAAUUCAAAGGAUCAAAAAAACGAUUUAGACAAAAUUUAUCUUACAUUUUCUCUCACAAACUCAAAGCUCCAUUAAAUUAAGCGUAGGCAAAGAUAACAUCAAUGCUUACUGACACUAGUGUGCUUCCAUAUUAAAAGUUGAUACUCUCACAGAUCUACAUUUAUCGAAAUGUCAAUUGUACAGCGUUUUGGAUUUGUGGAUUAUGUUAACUCAGGGUCAAUGAUAUUUCAACCUUCUCGAGUCGAAUUAAAUUAUUUAUAAUGUUAGAGAUCUGA